UCGGGGCGUCUGGUUCGCUGUAUGGGGUUUGUUGUUCUUUCGCGCUCCCUGCAAACCACGUGCGCGCAGCUCCGUGACAGCUUCGCGUCCGUACUACGUGACGCUAGUUGCCGAAGCGUCGCGCGUCUCGCUGGAUGAAUCGGAGAAUAAUUUUAUGGUCUUCCUCACCCGAGUGCAGUGUAAACGCGUACUAAGGCUGACAUUGAAACUUAAAAGUGAUAUCGCAGAAGCGACAAAAUGUAUAUUGUAGCUAGGAAAAAUUUUGUUCUAGUUAGACUUCGUUAAUAUUCCUCGACUGGAGGCGAGUCGCCGAUAAGGAGUAUAAGAACGCGUACCGUUUCUAAGAUUCGUGGAUACUUAUUACAAAGCUGGGAAUUUGUCACUCGGUGACUUGGCUCCGUGCCCUCGACGGUUAUCGCAGCCGAGACUUUCGUUAGCAACUCUUAUCGGGCUUACGAGAAUAACCUGACUGCGUAGCGUAAAUAUUAUGACUGCGGGAAUCUUCGAAUCGUGCGACGAGUUAAAAUUACGAUGUCCCGCUGAUCGCGUUUCGAGUCGUUGCCAGCCGCGGAUACGAAUUGCUUCAAGGACGCGAGCUUCUUCGAAACAGCUGAUCAAAAACGAAAAGCAAGACAAUCGAAAAAUUAAACGAUUACUGCUAGCGUGUGAUCGAGAGCAAAAUGGACCAUGGCGAAUUAAUCGCGAAACAGCAAGAAACGGAAUAAUAACGACGGGAAGAAGGAAAGGAAGAAGAGAAUAAUAAUGGUCGAAGAAACUUGUACCUGGUAUCAUUCGCGAAGCGACUUAACCACUGCGGCGAAGUAGAAGAGAAAUAGGGAGGACGGUUGGCAGGAUAGAACGAAAAAGUGGCACGAAUAAAAAUAGAGGAACGAGCUGAGACGGACGAGAGAGAACGAAGUCAGGAAAGAACGAUCCGUUAGGAGGGCGAGGGAAGGGAACGAGAUUUCUGGGCACGCGCACUCCACCUGCUAGCGUGUAGUGGCACGCGCCAUACACCCACCCUCUCCGCCUGGCCGUCGACGUUCCGUUCUACCUCCCCGCCUCUUUUCCCCCUUCGGCGUUACCUACCGUUCUACCGAUUCCCCCUCGGAACCCCACCCCUGGCACCCGAUCUCCCCUCAUUCCACGGGUGCCUCCUCCCGCAGGAAUCCCCUCCCAUGCACACGCGUGCCGCGGCUCGGGACGCGCGGGACUCGGGAGUCAAUCGCUCGCGGACUUCGAUAGGAUGAGCAACACGAAGAGGUCCUUGCUCUUUCUCCUCUCUCCUGUGCAGCUUUCCGCGUUCCACCGGCCUUCUCUUCUCUUUCUUUGUCUUCGACUAUCCCUCUUCUUUGGUCAAGGCAAAUCUCGACAGGAUCUAAAAUUAAAGUAGUUUUCCUGCUAAAUUGCUAAUAUUCAGAGUAUCGAAAGAAAGAACAAUACAGAUAGAAUUUGUCGUUAAGCAUCGACAACGCUGCGUGGCUCGCCUCGGGAUCGAAGCUCGAGCAUUCUCAAGGAAGUUUGAAUUUAGGUGAAUCCUCGCGACAUCGCAACAGGAGCGAGUCGCCGGCCGAUGUUCGCGUAUGAAAGAACCCGGUCGCCUUCCACCUCUUCCUCUUCUUUCCGGCGUUCGUCAACCGCCAGGGGGGCGACGUGCACCUCGAUCGGUGCAUUGUAAGCAAAGAGAACAAAGGGACGAAGACGGGGACGACGACGAGGACGAGGAAGAGAAACGAGUGGCGAGGAGAAGAAGAAGGAACGAGAUAAAGAGUGGGGGAGCUGACGCGUGCUACUACCGCCGUUACUUCCAUCGAAACAAAAAUAGUCCAGUCUCUCCGCGGCGAAGAACCGACAAAAAGGGAAGCAAAAGAUAGCCGAGAGAAAGAGUAGGAACGGAGUUAUCGUAAUACGUGCGAAGCACACGUGCGACGCGUUCACAGAGGUUACAAGAUACACAGGCUUCAGUUCGAGUGCAACUUUUGCAUAGAGUGUGACCAGUGCGCGAAGAUGGCACACGCUUUUAAGAUAAAGAUUCGUCACGAUCAAAAAUAAAGCAGAUAUUUCGGUGUGACCGAUCAGACAGAAGAAAAAGCAGAAAUUUUAUUCGGCAUCGAGACUUGACUUUCCCUGCUCUGAAACGAGAUCUGUCUCUUUCUUCGUCCAUAGGUGAAGAGAGAAAGAGAGCGAGUGCAUGGUGUGAUCAGCUGUUCGUGCGUGCUCUCCCGCUCGUUCCGCAGGAAUUCUCGAAUUCGUACGAUCCGAUUGAUUGAAUUAGUUCGCGGAGGUUCUUGUCCCCGUACGCUCGUCAAGUCAACAUUCUCGAACCACCUGUUGACGAUUUACGAGGGAAAAUCGAAUCGACGUGAUUCCAAGAAAGUUCCAAGGUUAAUCUCCAUCUAACAAUCGUAAUUGUCGAUUCAAUAUUGUCAUCGUGACGUUGUGGGAAAUAAGCGAACACCCACCUUUCUUACCAAUCCAUGCAGUGACAAGGACCGGAAACGAGUCGAGAAAACCUAACCCCUAAAAUGUGUUCGUGGAGAUAUUGCGGAAACAGUGUGAAAUCGACACGGACGCGUGUGUUACCCUUCGAAAAACAUUAAGAGAAUAAUUUCCGAGAGUGCACGACUAGUGGUAAAUAAAAAUGCGAGCGGCGAGACGAGUGUUUUUCGAAGCGAGCGUUAUCUAUUAAUACGUACGUUAUCUGUCAGUCGCAUCGGAGGCGACGGAGACGGAACACCAGGGUGAAAGGAGGAAAGAGAGAGGUUAGAGGUCACGGAACCGAUAUGCGGCACGCAAACUCGUUUCGAGUAGCAGCGAAUUUCGGCCCGCGGAUUCGAGCGGACUCGCGUGGUCGUCGUCGUCGUCACGGCGCAAAACGGUGGUGAUAUGCCGGUCAGGGGACACGGGAGCGAAGAUUCUAUUCCCGGCGUCUUUUUCUCGCUGGUUGCGUGACGUUCGACGUUGCCGUCGAGAGUAUUAUAACAACGUUCUCGACUCGGCCUCGUUCGCUGGUCGAAGUGAUGAAGGAAGGGCAUUACGAUUAUCAUACGGGCAUCGAAGCGUUGUGUACAGUUACAUGUAACAUAAGAAAGCAGGGAAGAAAUUUUGCUGUAAAGUUCGCGUUUCUGAAGUGUUAAAGACAGAGGUGUAUCCUUCCUCAAACAAUUUGAGAUGAGUCGCAUGCUGUAAACCGCGAGGAAAGACAAGAAAAAUACAGUUUGUCGUAAAGUGUUAAAAACAAGGGGUACUCUUUAUAAUACAAUGAGUCGACUAAAUGUUUCUGUGACGUGAUAAUCGCACGCGAGAAAAAGUUUGCUCGGAUCGUACUUAUCGAAGGACAUGUUAAAUGUUGUGAAGUGUUUAAGACAAGGGGUGUACCCUCCCCGAAAGAUUUAGGAUGAGUCAAGUGCUGUAAAGUUCUAAAGGCAAGAUAAGGGGUGUGCAGUCGUGUACAUUUUUCCAAACAAUAUAUAGUAGAAUGAGUCGAAGAAGUGUUUUUGCGUGACUCUUGACAAAAGUUUAACCGAACGGUGUUUAUCGAUCGUGUAUUCGACUUGGUUACACGCGAGAGAAGUCGGCGGUGGUGGGAAAGCGCGGAAGACGCGACGGAAAGAGAAAGUACGCACGCCGGCUGGUGGUUUGCAAAAUGAUUUUCAAGUUUCGUUGAGAGAAUCGAUGAAAGAAAACAUGGAUCAGUAACGGCGCAUCUGUGUAUCAUCGUACCGAGAGAGAAUAGUUAGUGUAUUAGUGAGAAUCGUUUAAUUAACGAGGAGAAGAUCGGCGAAGGGGCAUGGUGGGCUCCCACCAACCAGGGCCACAGGCCCGGGUGGCCCCCCUGUAACGAGGAUACUUCUCACUAUCGUGCACCAUUAAACUACCUGGAAUGAUGCAGCAAAAAUUCGUGAAGAGGACGGCCGAGGAGUUGGAGCCAGCUGGCGGCGGCGGCGCGGAUGCUGGCUUCGGCGAGCCCCCAGUCAAAUUGCAAUGCACCCAGGCGCAGCAUCAGCACCAGCAAGGUCCCGGCGGUGGAGGUGGGGGUGGGCCGCAUCACGGGCACGGGCAGCAUCCGUCGGGAAAUGGCGCGAACUCGACGGGCGGCGGCGGCGGUGGUGGAGGCGGUGCGAACGAGGGCCUUACCAAGUUCUCCGUAGAGAUCGUUCAGCAACUGGAGUUCACCACGUCUGCAGCAAACUCGCAGGCUCAGCAGAUCUCGACGAACGUAACCGUGAAAGCAUUAACGAACGCGUCUGUGAAGAGCGACCUGUUGAACGCGUCGUCGUCCCCGAAAUCGGGGCCGGAUACCCCGGCGUCCGGCAACGCGAGGCCCCAGGCUGGAAACGGGACGGUGCCCACCGGUGCAGCUACCAGUGGCGCCGGUGGCCCCACACCCGGUGGCAUCGGUUGCGUCGACAUCGGCAACCUGGUCGAGUGUAAACAAGAGCCGGACAACGAGUUCGUUGAUCUUGAACAAUGCGCAGCCGCGUUGGAGAAAGACGCGGCUGCGAAUGGCGCAGGGUUCCCCGGCUUCUCCGACUUCAUGGGCGACGACACGGGCGACGAGAUCAUCACCUCGGACGCGUUCAAGGACCUCAUCUCGGAGAUCUCCGACUUCCAUCCGGAGUUCAUGAAGGACUUCGACUUCGAGGAGAAGAUCCCGGUGGACGCGUUGGCGAACAACGUCGUAGUUGCCGCCGCGGCUGCCGCCGCUGCUAAUAACAAUAAUAACAACAACAACAGCAUCGGGACGAACAAUGGUCAGAUUAAAAUCGAGGAUGACAAGGAUGCGAUACACCACGGGAACGCGAAUAGUAACAGCGUGAACAACGGCACUGCUAAUAACGGAAGUAACGUACAAGCUAACUCGAGUCCCGGCGGCCUUGGUUCUGCCCAGUAUUCUCCUGCCAGAUUGCCUUACUCUGGUUUGGACUUCAAGUCCGAGAUGAGUCCCGCCGCGCAAACUCUCAAGCAGAUGGCGGAGCAGCAUCAGCACAAGAGUCAGCAGCUCAGUUUGGGUGGAUUCAACCCCGGUGCCGCGGCUGCUGGAAGAGGACCUACCGCUCGUUCCCCUUAUGCUGAGUUUACUCAGUUUGGUAACACGUCGGAUUAUCUGGGUAGUCCGGGAAGCGCCGGACCACCCGGUGGACAACCCCAGGCGACCACGGGCACCGCCUAUCAUAAAAACAACGGCGCCGCAGGUUUCCAAAGUCAACAGACGAACGACAUGUUUGUCGGGUCGCAGACGCAAUUCGCGACGGGUCUCGCGGACAUGAAGAGACCGCAACCGGGCACUGGCGGCAAACCCAGCAUGCUAGGACCCAGCGGAGGCUACAAGCAACCGUACUCGCCGUAUGGUAGUCCAGGAUCGAUGCCUAAUCACGGCAGUCCCGGUUACCCGCUCCCACCGAGAGGAUCUCAGGGCAGUGGGCCAAACCAGACUGGCUCCCAGGGACCUUUCACUAGCUCCACGCCACCCAGGCCUCCUUCUGGACCCGGCACAUCCACCUUGCAGAUCAACCAGGCGCAGCAGCUUCAUAUUAACAACCCUGGCCAUCAGAUUCAGGUGUCUGCGGGUCAGCACAUGCAGCUCACGGGCGAUCUAAAGCCGAACGUGUCGGUGGCGGCCCAGCAGGGUAUGUACUUCACGCAGCAGCCAAGCCAAAACCAGUCAGGACCCGGAGGCCAGACCGACACCUACUGUUCCGUCUCCCAAUCUCAGACGAUCAACUUCACGCAACAGAGUCUGAGACAGAGAGCGGCGGCAGCUGCCGCGGGUGGCGUUCCGCAACCCGCGGGUGCACCCGGUGCUCGAAAUCACCCUCAGCAAGUACCACCGAAUCAGGUUGAUCAACACCAGCACGCGAAGAUCAUCCAACAGCAGCAGCUGAUGCGUGCUCAGCAGGCGAUGCAGCAACAACACAUGGCCGGUGGUAUGGGCGGCGUCAGACCACCACCACCCGAAUACAAAGCGGCCCAGGCCCAAAUGAUGCACGCCGGUAUCGGAAUGGGUCAGCAAGCCAGGUUUCCAAAUGCCGGGGCCAUGCGAAGGGUUACACAACAACCUAUGCCACCUUCAGGUCCGAUGAUGAGGCCGCAAAUGGCGCAGCAACAACAACAGGCGUUGCACGCGGCUGGCGGCAACAUGUACAUGGGCGGCGGCGGCGGUAUGGCCGCGAUCGGCGGUAUGCAUCAGAUGCACCAGCGUCUCGGUUAUCCCAGGACGAACAAUCAGCGGCCGCCUAACGUGAGCGUCGGCCCGGCCGACGGCCUUGGGAAUAGCAUCGCAGGCCGUGGCGCCCAGCAGGAGUGGCGACACGUUCUCAUGCAGCAACAGGGCUUUCAGAUGCGAUCGCAAUUCAACCAGCAAGGUCACCAAGGUGGAUUCGGCAUGGGUGGUACGGGCGGUAUGCAGAUGAAUGCGGCGCAGAUGCAGCAUCAACAGUUGAUACGGUCGCAGCAGGGCGGCGGAGGCGGCGGCGGCGGUAUCGGUGGCACCGGCAUGGCGAACAGCACGCAGAUGCAGCAGCUACUGUCGCAGCAACACCAGCAGCAGACGUUGGCCAUGCAGCAGAGCAAUAAUCAGAUGUCACUGCAGAUGCAAAUGUCGCAAUCCUCAUCAGUCAACUCUGUCACCAGUACCGGAACCGGUUCGCCGUUGCACCCGCACCAGCAAUACGGCGCGGGGAGCCCGGGAGUGCGCAGCAUGCCACAGCAGCAACAGCAACAGCAACACGCCCAACCGGUACCGGUGACGAGUACGGACCCGUCCGUGGCCGCCGCCGACUUUAGCCUCGAAUUUCUAGAGAACCUACCGACCGGAGACACGUCGAACUUCAGCGCCCAGGAGCUGCUGAACUCCCUCGACUCCACGGCAGGAUUCAACCUCGAUAUUCUGUAAGGCCACGCGGUCUACUCGGAAAAUCGGAUUUCCGUAUAGAAAUUCGUUCACUGACCGGUUGUCAGCAGGCAAAACGAUGCGCGAACGUUGGGAUCGAUCAUUCUAAGGUCAUGUUCCUCCAGAAAGUUAAAAACUGCAGUAGAACUUCAUUUACUCGUAUUGAUAGAUUCUUAUGAUUGACAUAAUAAUAGGGACGUUCGCUGAACAGUCGAUUGAUCGAUUGAAUCGAUUAUUUUCGUUCAUGUAAGAAAAGUUGAAAAUUGUAGAAAUAGAUAUCUGCUCGAAAAUAGAUUCGAAACGUGAAUAUAAGAGACAGUAUCCUUAAAUAAGUAAAACUUCAUUUAUUUGAAUCGGUAGAUGUUUUAUAAUUGAAAUUAUAACAGGAGUUCACUUAAUACUUGAUUAUUAUUUUGGGUUCAUAUAGAUCUCUCCUUAAAGAAAGAUUCAUGGAAAUAGGAGGGUUAAAUAAACUUCAUUUAUGAAUCUGUUAGACUAGCAAUUCGGUAUCAUAAAUCUGCGAUUUAUGAUUUUGCAUUUUAUCAAAACUCGAAAAUUAUGUGAAUUUUUCUGAAGAUAUUGAAGUUCUACGUAUAUAUUAAAUGAAAUAAAAAAUAAAAUUUAUACGGAUAAAUGAGAUUAUACUGUAUCGUGUCCGUCGAUUUAAGGAACGUUAAGUUUAAAAAAUCAGUGGAAGGUGAGAAGAGGUAACAUUAGGCUGGUGUAAAGAUAGUUGUGGUUUUUAAAUAAAAGUUAGUAAUUGCAUUAAAAGCCACAAUUACUUCUGCACGAAUCUGAUGCUAACUGUUGGUGUUCUACUGAUUUUCAUGGAAGAUCGCGUCUGCAAAGGUCCAAAUACGUUCGUGAAACUGGCAUCGAGGCACUCGGGUGUUUAAAUCGGCCGAACCGGACGACGAGAAAUGACGAAUAGUACAUAAGUAAUAGCAAAAGUUUCUCCGAUUUUCGGAAAUCGGGGAUUAUGUUUGAUCCGGUUCGACGAUGGCACCGCGACAACCGGUCGUAGUGCAUUUUCGGCAGCUAAUACCUUCGGCUGGCGACUAUUCUUCUAGGCAAUCACACGUUUUAGUAAAAUUUAAUUUCUUAAUGAUCGGCGUAACGAUCGCAAACGCAGCAGAGGGAAGAAAAAAGAGAGAGAAAGAGAGGUAAAUAAAAGCAGCGGGCGGUCGGCGGUGUAGAAAAUCAAGGGAUACGCGUGAAAAUUUAUAUAUAAAAUAUAUAUAGGAUGAGCGAAUAAGGACUAUUACUAAAAACUAUUUUAAUACGAAUCACAGAAAUAAAUUAUAUCAAGAAUGCAUAUACAAGAUAAGCAAAAUGUGCUACCCAAAUCGAUUUAUUCUAUACAUUUCAUUAGGCUUCAUAUAUAAUAAUUUGCAUGAAAACAUAUCUUUACAGAAAAAUUGGGUAAAAAUAUAAUGAAUGCAUGUUACAUGCAAAAAUGUGCAGAACCCUUCAUUAUUAUUGAAGAGUAAAAUAAGGAUUUCAUUUUUGUUUUACUUAACAAUGCAGUCUAAUAAAUAAAUGACCGUUCUUAUUGGCUCACCCGAGACCGUCUCUUUAUUUCUCGAACUUUAUCGGGUUUCCAGAGGGAAGAUCGAUCCCUCUCGAGUGCACGCGUCGACGACACUGACUUCGACGCGCACUCCGUGGUCAAACGAACCAAACUGUUCGAUUCUCUUGAUUUUCGACUCGCGAUCAUCCAAGAGGAAAAUUCGUUUCAUGGUUCUAGAAACGGAACAAUCCUUCUAGGUCAGGUUGCGAGAAGUACAGAUGUCGAUGAUGUAACACAGAGGGAAAUGAAUUACUCCUUGUCCUUUCUUAUUUUUUGAUAAAAGCUAAUACUAAAAGCUAAUAUCAAGAUGUUUUUGCUCAAAUGUAAUAAACUAACGGUAAAUAAAGACAUACAAGGCUUUAUCGUCCAAUUUUCAAAAUUUUAUUUUACAUUAUAUAAAACAAAUGUAUGAAACAGUUUUGCUCUUUUCGGUCUUUCAUUGUUUUUACUCAAUAUAUUAUUACUGCAUUGAUCAAAAACUUGUCAGUAAGGGGUAGUUAUGUAUAUUCUGUCCAUUAUUUCGUAUUACAUCGUCGAUGUUUUUACUCUUAACAAUCCUGCUUUCUGGGAUUUUUCUCGAUCGACUGCUCGACCAGUCCGCUGAACUCUUUAUGGCUAAUUACAUUAUUACGAUAAUGAUAAUGGCUAGAACUAAAGUAUAGUAGUGUAUUUAACGAUCGACCGCGAAAGGUCGGCAUCGCGUAAUCUACAAUUAACAGAAAGUCAAUUAUGAGAUAUAUAUUAUUCCGAUUCCCGAUGAUUCUUCGUCGUUGGAGACGAGAAACGGAAGGGACCCGAUCGAUCGGGCCACGUCUAGGUUAUGUUUGAUAACGAGUAGAGAGAAAGAAAGAGAGAGAGAGAGAAAGAUAGGAGAGUAGAGGGAGGCUAGAAUGCGAGAGAAAUGGCGAGUGUGAAGACGAAUCCUUCCUAGAGAAGCGUUAGCGUUGUUACGAGAUAAAUUCGAAUCUUGACUGUAAAUAGGUUUACACGAAGCCACACGAACAGGAUGAGAAAAACGAGCAUACGUACACACAGUUCAUACUCGCUCGAGUUAAUAAUUCAAGACGAGAAGUUCUCAAAGUUUAGCCGAUUAAAGUUAAGAGCCCUAUGAUAUAGGUAAAAAUAUUCUAUAAAUAUAUAAAUAAAUAUAAUGAUAAUAGUAAUCAAUAAUGACGCGCAAGUUACGAAUGAAUGCGAGAGAGAGGGUGUUGUACUAGGAAAACGGUUAUAGAAAGUGGAGGGACAAAUCGAGAAGGGGUGGUGAAUGUUUUGAGAGAAUGGGGUGAACGAAAGGGUGCAUGUGUUUCGCCCGGCGAUAAAGCACAUUUCCUCGACCCGAACGUAUUUAUUGAGUUUUUAGUUCUGCACGGAUGUGCUGUGUCGCUGAAUGAAGACAGGCUGCACACGAAAUAAUCACGAGUUCCAGCGUCGCUGACGCGAUGAACCAAACCGGAUCUUCCAUUCUCUGUUGGAAGGAUAGGUAACGCUAUCAAAUUAAUGACGUUCAACAAAUUCGAAUUAGAAGUGUAAAAUGUUCAUUCUAAAUGGAUUAUUGAAUAUGGUUCAUCGUCUCAAGAUGAUGGCUCCGCGACUAAUCUUCCAAUAGUGAUACAUUCCAUAGAUGAAGGAAACGGAGUUAAGAAUUCGUCUAAUCAAAAGUAUCGUUUCUAAAAAGAGGAACACGUGAAACAGGAUGUUUAACCAGGAAAGAUUUAGGCUAGGGAAUAUAUUGAAAUGGACACCCGGUAGAAAUCUGAGAAAGUAAUAAAAUAAUCCUCGACCGUUCGCCGAAAUAAGUGUGCAUGAAAAUAUACUUUCAGAGUUUCGCUCGUCACUCGAUUACAUUAAUCAAGUGCUUGAAGUGGCGCUUCAACUUUGAGCGUCGGGAAUCGCGUGAAAAUUAACAAAGUCGUUCAUUUUUAACGUGAAGAAUAAAUAAACUCCCUCGAAUUGGGCGAAGCGACGUUAUUAUUGUCUUGUAAAAUAUUGGGGCCACGAAACAUAAUCUAAAAUGACAUAAAAGAGAAAAAAACGAAAAAAAUAAUUAUGAUAAAUAAAAAGUGGAGGGAAGGAGACAAAUGCUCUGAUUGUGUCGUACCGAUUUUUUCAAUGGAUCUAUAGGGAAGUGUAAUAAUCCUCCGAACGGUGGUUUGUUGCGUUCUCUUUGCUUUUCUUUUUUCAUAAUGAAAAUGCGGUUUUUUUUUCGUGAAUGAGAGAAUGAACGUGAAAGAUUGGGAGAGAUCGAGAAAUACGAAGUGGGGACGAACGAUUAGGAGAGAGCGAGUAAAAGAGAGCAUUAGGGACCAACCAAAAAACAAAAAUGAGAGCAAACAAGUGUACUGGUGUCGAUUGUCGCGGUGGAUCGUUCUUAUCUUGUUUUUUUUAUAAAUAUAAAUGAAAUCGAAACGAAGGACAGGACACUGUAGAAAAUGAGACAGCAUAGUCUCGGACUAGUAAAACGUAACCGUAAACGAAACUCAUAAAACUUUCGACAUGUUCCCUCGUUACUCGAUCUUGUAUAGUUUAGGGAGAGGAAGGAAAAAAUAAGUAAUACUUGCUUUGCUUCGCACUGUCGACAGUCGAUAUUGGUCAGACCGAAGAGAGAAACAAAAACAGAGAAAAGAACAGCAAAUGGCUCCCGGGUGUGUGCCAGUUAACUGAAGGAGUGUCCCGCGCCGGACGAAUUACACCUAAUUAUUUAUAAUAUUUAUAACUUUAUACGAUACCGCGGGCAUUUCGCAUAGAAUAAAAAAAAAUUCAUGUUGAAUCUCGUACUGUUAUUAAUAAAAAGCGUUGAGUUCCUACUGA